UCGUGAUACUGGUAAGGCAAGGCCUUCGCUUCGACCUUCGGCAGCAACCGCGGAAGAGAAAACUAGCCAACGAGCAAAGCGUGUGUUCCAGCCUAACAAUGGUCCUCGAAAGCACCAUCAUCUGCGUCGACAACAGCGAGUACAUGCGCAACGGCGACUUCGUUCCGACACGCCUUCAAGCGCAGCAGGAUGCCGUUGGCGUCGUCUGCCAAUCCAAAACGCAGUCCAAUCCGGAGAACAACGUCGGUUUGCUGACGCUGGGCGGUCCCCACGUCUUGAACACCCUCACCACAGACGUCGCGCGCCUGCUGUCCAAGCUCCACGAAGUGCAGCCGAAGGGGAACAUCAACUUCGUCACCGGCGUGCGGGUCGCCCAUCUGGUGCUCAAGCACCGCCAGGGCAAGAACCACAGGAUGCGCAUCGUGGUUUUUAUCGGCAGCCCCAUCGAGACCGAAGUCAAGGACCUCGUCACUCUCGCCAAGAGUCUCAAAAAGGAGAAAGUGAGCGUGGACGUCGUCAAUUUCGGGGAGGCCGACGCAAACACGGAGAAGCUGUCGACCUUCAUCAGCACGCUCAACGGCGAAGAGGGCAGCGGUUCCCACCUAGUCACAGUGACGAGCGGCCGCGAAACCCACCUGUCCGAUGCGCUCGUCAGCUCCGCGGUGGUCCAGGGCGAAGACGGCGUCGUCGCCUCUGGUUCCGGAGGCUUCGAGUUCGGCAUCGACCCGAACGAGGACCCCGAGCUCAUCCUGGCACUGCGCGUUUCCAUGGAGGAGCAGCGCCAACGCCAGGAGAACGAGGCCAGACGCGCUGCAGCCGACGCGGCUCCCGGGAAGCAGAGCCCGGCUCCGCGCAUGGAUACCGACGUACCGCCGGCCUCCAGCGAGGAACGGCUCCUGGAGCGAGCGAUGGCCAUGUCGAUGGAAACGGAACCUGCUCCACCCGCAGCAAAGGUAACUUCUUCCAGCAGCUUUCCGGACUUCGCGGCCAUGACAGAGGAAGAACAGAUUGCGUUCGCCAUGCAAAUGUCCAUCCAGCAGGCCAAGUCUUCCGAGAACACUGCUGUGGAGCAAUCGACCACAGCUGCUCCUGCAGAUGGUAAGAAGGCGGAGCCAAAGAAGGAAGAGCAGGCGGACAAGGAAGGGACGGAUAAAAAAGACGGGACAGAUAAAAAGGAAGAGACGGACAAAAAAGAAGGGGCGGAGAAAAAGGAAGACGCAGAGAAAAAGGAAGAGGCACAGACAAAGGAAGAGGCAGAGAAAAAGGAAGAGGCAAAGAAAAAGGAAGAGGCAGAGAAGAAGGAAGAGGCAGAGAAGAAGGAAAUGUCCGAGAAGGAAAAGAAGUGAACACGAUUCCAUGACCACAAGGUCCACCCGACCGCCUUCCCGCAACGUUAUCUCGUGAGAAUGCAGUGCGUUCACAACAGCACGGAAGUUUCCGACAAGUGCGAGCCUCUGCUGCAUGCUGUUCCUGUUCAUAUCUAGUCCAGACGACCCAGAGGGGCGUUGAUGGGAAGCUGACUGACUAAUGUGAGCAUGGCAUACCGGAAAGCCUCCUCUUUUCUGUCAUUUUAUUUCAAGUAAAUCGGCAAUAAAGCCAACUAGUGCUGCAAUGCGGGCUUG